AUGGCGACUACAAUGGAAAAGGUGUGGGAGAUUGCCAAAAACGAGGCCAAGUUAUGCUACGGUUUCAUUCGUCGCGAUGUUUCCAUGGGCAUGCUUCCUAUUCCCGUCUUUACCACGGCUUCUCUGCUGUACCGCAAUGCAUCCGGGGAAGAGAUAGCCGUUGCCAUAGCCAGUGCGUACCCCAAUCUGGCCCGUUUCAUUGGAGUGCUGCUAACCUUUCGAAAAGAAACUCUCCUUCUAGGGUUGCUGUAUCUCUAUUCAUUCGUCGUGGGGAACCAAAUUUGUGGUGUCCAGGAAGAUCAAAUCAACAAACCAGACCGUCCCAUUGCUGCCGGUGCAACGACUCUUAAAGCAGCCCGGAUCCGAUGGGCCGUCUUGACCAUUCUCUAUUUCUCCUAUGGCUGCUAUCUCGGCGUCGGCAUCUGGUCUGCGAUGUGGAUUGCCAUUUCAUUCGCUCAUAACUUUCUCUCUUUUGGCGAUUUUGGUCCCACAAAGGAUAUGUGCAUUGGUUUGGGCUGUAUUGCUCAAUUGACGGCUGCCUGGUUGAUUGGUGGCGCUCCAUACGAAGUGGGAUGGAAUUGGAUCAAAAUCAUCGCACUGUACACCUUGUUUCCCAUUCCCCUGCAAGACCUUCGAGAUGUGCCUGGUGAUUUGGCUGUGGGCAGACGCACCACUCCGAUUCUCAUGGGUGAUAUGCCUUGCCGUAUCUACAUCUCAUUGGGUGUUUUCAUCUCCCAGUUCCUCCUUAUCAAAUACCGCAUUUUGGACUACCGCCUUGACUGGUCUACUGUGACACUCUCUUCAGUCCUUGGCUUCCUCGCCCUUACCGUCAUUUUCCGACUUUUCGCUUUCCGUGAUGUUAAGAGCGAUCGCUACUCGUAUCGCCUAUACACGGUAAUUUACCUAUUCCAGCCCUUGUCGGCAUGCAUUACUCUUCGAUAA